AGAGGGGGAGGCGGCGGCGGCUGCAGCAUCCAGAGCUGGCCGCGGCGGCCGACGCGCCCCGCGCACAAAGGCGCCCAGCCCCUGGGGAGGGCGAUGAGCGCACCGUAGCCCGGUCCCGGGCCCCAGCUCCAACCACCAAUGCGUGCGCCCAGGGCGCGGGGGAAGUCGCAGGGCGCGCCAGGGGCCGGAGGCCGAGGCGCGGCCCGUGCGCCCUGAGCUCAGGACUCGCCGCCCUCCGGGUCUGGCGCGGAGCUUAGAAACCGCUGGAGCGCGGGCCUUGGCGCGCCCCCGGGAUCCGCGCAGAAAGGCGCUUCCCCACUCCCACCCAGCCUCCUGCGCCCUCCCGCCGCGCCGGAGCGCCAACUUCCCAAGAAAGCUCCAACUCCAGGCCACCCUGCUGGGCAGAGGGGGCGCUGCUCCUGGGCACGGGCCGUGAGGACGCGCCCCUGGCCCCAGGGAGCCAGCCGGCAUCUUCGGGGUCGCUCGGGCGCCCCUGAGUGGGCGGCAGCGGCUGCAGACGCCUCCCCCGGCAGUCCAGGACCUGCCAGCGCUGGCGAUUCCUCCAGGGCAGGCGCUUGCCCUCUCUUUUAUGGAGCUUGGGCCCCUGCCCCAGCCCCGUAGAGGCUGUGGACGUGUACGGUCCGGAAGCCCCGUUUCCAGCCCCGUGGCCCAUCCCUGGCUGCGGGGAGCGGAAGCACCCACGAGGUAGCGGUGGCCCGCAGCGGCCCCGUCCCGGCAGCGAGCCAUGGGCCAGAAGCUCUCGGGGAGCCUCAAGUCGGUGGAGGUGCGAGAGCCGGCGCUGCGGCCGGCCAAGCGCGAGCUGCGGGGAGCGGAGCCGGGGCGGCCGGCGCGGCUGGACCAGCUGCUGGACAUGCCGGCGGCGGGGCUGGCGGUGCAGCUGCGCCACGCGUGGAACCCCGAGGACCGCUCGCUCAACGUCUUCGUCAAGGAUGACGACCGGCUCACCUUCCACCGGCACCCGGUGGCGCAGAGCACGGACGGCAUCCGCGGCAAGGUGGGCCACGCCCGCGGCCUGCACGCCUGGCAGAUCCACUGGCCGGCGCGGCAGCGGGGCACACACGCUGUGGUGGGCGUGGCCACGGCGCGGGCCCCGCUGCACUCGGUGGGCUACACGGCGCUGGUGGGCAGCGACGCCGAGUCCUGGGGCUGGGAUCUGGGCCGCAGCCGCCUCUACCACGACGGCAAGAACCGACCCGGCGUGGCCUACCCCGCCUUCCUGGGGCCCGAGGAGGCCUUCGCGCUGCCCGACUCGCUGCUCGUGGUGCUGGACAUGGACGAGGGCACACUCAGCUUCGUCGUGGACGGCCAGUACCUGGGCGUGGCCUUCCGUGGCCUCAAGGGCAAGAAGCUUUACCCGGUGGUGAGUGCCGUGUGGGGCCACUGUGAAGUCACCAUGCGCUACAUCAAUGGCCUUGACCCCGAGCCCCUGCCGUUGAUGGACCUGUGCCGGAGGUGCAUCCGCCUGGCUCUGGGCCGCCAGCGCCUACAGGACAUCGGCUCCCUGCCGCUGCCUCAAUCUCUCAAAAACUAUCUGCAGUACCAGUGAGCCGGGGACGGAGGGGCAGCGGAGGGCACCCACAGCCCCAGGCCUGUCACUUCACGGUCACACUGUACAUCAGGAAGGAGUCUCCCUCCUCACCCUGGUUUCCCAGGACAUUCACUUCUUUGAAAGGCCAGGACAUCUUCCCAACUUUGAAAAUGAAAUGUCUGUUGCCAACAGUAUUUGCUGCCUUGGAAGCAGCUCUCCCAAGUCAGACACCUCCUUGGAAGCCGGGAAGAGCCCGAAGCCUGCGCUGGGUGGAGAUCCUGCCCGCUGAGCAGGACACAGCAGCCAAGCGGCCACCAGUAUUGAUCCGAGAGCCUGUUUCCUUAUCCAAGAGAAUGAAUAAAACAUUUGGGCAGGAGACUUUCUGUUGUGUGCCCCGCUGCAGACAGGGCCAGGGGAAAACUGGCCAGCUCCGGGAGAACAUUGCCUCUGAAUAAUGCAUGGUGAAAGCAGCUUGAUGCCCUUGCCCCUCUGGUUCCCCACCCUUCCCAGGGCAGCAGGAUCGUCAUGACACUUUAGGACUUUGCACCCCUUUGAGAGACCGUUACCUAGGGAUGCCCAGCUGCGGAAUUGGCAAGUGGACAAAACCGUGUUGAGACACCUCCCAGCUUACCUCUCUGAACGUUGUUUACUUCCCCUCUCUCUCGCCGUCCUUCCCCACCCGGACCCCCAGUCUCUGGAUGCCCAGGGCACCUCUAUUCAGGGAAGCUGAGUCUGACAAAUUCACCCCAGGGAAUGAGCGUAUCCUUUAUUAUUAUUGUUUUAAGUAGCGUCGCAUUUUGAAAGAGUGUGGUGAGGGCAGUACUUAGUCCAAAGGUGCUAAUGGGGGAAUUGGAGGCCUUGUGACACCCACGGGGGUGAUGUCCUCGGGCUGGGGAGCCUUCCUGGGGGGCUGAGGGUCUCCAGGCAACCCUCCAUUCAGGAUGCAGCCUGGCCGCCACAAAGCUUUAUUUGAGCGAAUUAUUUUUUCACUUGAGGAGACUUGUACGAGUUUGUUUCUGUUUCACGUGUGUGUGUGUGUGUGUGUGUGUGUGUGUGUAUGUGUGUGUGUGAUGCGCUGCUUAUUUAUCAGCUUGGGGCCAUGGGGGCAGCUUUGUAACUGGAAGGGUGGAUGUGAGGCAUCUUCUCCGCCCGCCCCAGCCUGUCGUCCCCCCGGGAAAAAUGCUGCUGCCGCCACUGCCACCACCAGGCAUCUCUCGCGUUUCCAACACUCUCUGCCCAGACUGAUUUUUAACUGGAAAUUGUCACAGCAGCGGGACACCAGAGCCCCAGACGGCACUGCCCCCUGCCACUUUAAUGUGAAUUCGAUGAAUGAAGAGCGUUUCUAAUAAAGUUUGGCAUUCAGUC